AUGUGUUGGGCGAAUCCAGAAUGGAGACACUGUUACGAGUGCCAGCAGGAAUUCGACUGUCGGAUAGUGUUUACGCCCUGCUACGUCGCCGAAAACGGCGGUGACUGCAAGAGACGUACGGAGAGACGAGCCGUCUAUGUCAACCACAGACCCUGUCCGGAGUGCAAGGAAACCCGGAAGGCUGAGGAGGCAUGUCAGCAGCAUAUACACCAGCAAGUUCCGUUGUACUUCAAUCCGGACAGCAGGAAGAGGAAGAGGAGGAGGUGUCUCCGUGAGACAUACUGGGCCUACCUAGAACAAAAUAGGGAGACACGAGAAAUGACGCUUAGGAGACGGGCCCUAGCUGCGACAGAGCCGCCUCCGCCGCCUAUGUUCAAGAUGUUUCUGCAUCAACCUCACGGUACUUAG